AUAUAUAUAUUCAAACAUACAAUCAUGCGCUCGCAUCUCCCCACCUCCGCAACCACCCACCACCACCAUUCGCAUACUCACGCAGCUAACUCUCCAAGCUUAAGUCAUUAACACACACAGGCAUCAUGAGAAAAAAACCCCCACAGCAACCGUUGCCAUGGCAAACAGCCGCCUUAACACAACGCUUCCCUCCGACGCCAGGCGCAAAGUCUCUGCACAAAACAACACCAGUCUCCGUACAACGCACCCAACAUUCUCUUUAAAAACAUGAGCAACUACUACAAUAUCGGCAUCAUAAACUCGUAACGAACUGACAAACGCAGGAACAGAAGCACUUGCCAUUGACCACGCAACCACAACAAGCGACAAUGUCUUCCUUCCGCAGCGGAAGCAACACCAUGCCGUACUCGGCUCCAUCCCCACCCACCCCCGAACCCCGCGAGCCCUGGGAGCAGAUCCCCGCCCUCGACACUCCCGCCGCCAUGCCGCGCGCCUACGAAGCCGCCGCCUCCGCAGAGGUCGACCCGCACGAGCUACCCCGCAACAUCUUCCUCGCCUCCCUCGUCACCUUCCCCUCCUGGUUCUUCACGCACCCGAGAAGGUGGCCCCGCUCGGACGAGGCCGACACCGACGCCGUUGCCGCAGAGACAGGCACGGCAGACGAGCACGUCACGUGCACCAUCUGCCAAACCGUCAUCGACGACCUCGAGCUCGCCUGCUUCGGCUGCUCAGCGCACAUCUACCACGCCGAGUGCAUUUGGCAGUGGUGGAGCACGCGCGACGCCUACGGCGUGUACAGCCGCAGCUGCCCGAACUGCCAGCAGCCGCUGUUCCAGGCGGAGGACGAGAACGUGUCCGAGUACGAGGUCGAGGAUGAGGUCGAGGAUGAGGAUGAGGUGGUGGUGGUGGUGGACGCAGACGAAGACAGCGAGGACGAGGACCCCGACGUCGGCAGAGACCACGGCGUCGAUGUCGAGAUGGCGGAAUUGGAGGAAUUGGAGGACGAGGACGGCUUGCCCUACCCGCAGCCGCAGCCGUACGUAUUCCCCUCUGUGCACCCCUCGCGCAGCCGAGGCAGAUGCCCCGUCUGCGGCGUGUUCCAUCCCCGCACUGAUGACUAUGGAGAACCUGUCGCUGACCCUAUCGCUGACACUGAAGCAGUCCCAGUCCCUGACGCCGAUGCAGACACUGAGAUGGCUGACUCCGACACCAGCUCGCAGCUCUCCGACGCCAUGACGGUGUUUUCGCGCUCGCGCUCGCGCUCGUCGUCGCCGUCGGAGAGCGUCCUCAGCGAUGUCUGUGGCGAGGGCGAUCGCUGCCCCGUGUGUGAGAAUGUCUGGCGCGCGGGCGAGAUCGAUAUGCUGGAUUGA